AUGACUCAAAUUCCAGGCACUUUGAUGCCAUUCCUCUAUCCAUGUCUCAUUCAAUCCACAUCAACCUCUGUUCGAUUCCAAGCGCGUCGGCUUCCGACACGCAUUCGACGACGAUUAUUGCAUUGCAACCACCCUCGAAACCAAUCGUCCCUUGCCGAGAUCAAUGCUGCUCGACGUGCUGCUGCCAGUGUGCCUCCUGCACCGACGACCACCUCUCGCCUCAACCCUUCCCCGGAUGACUACGGGCGGAAUGUCUUCGUGGAUAAAUGCACCCUGACCGUUCACGCAGGAUCAGGCGGUAAUGGAUGUGUGGCUUUUCUUCGAGACGCUCAUAUAUCUGAUGGACCCCCCAAUGGCGGAGAUGGAGGAUCGGGAGGUAAUGUCUGGAUUCAAGCUGUCGCUGGACAGACCAGUUUGCACAAACUUGCCAGGAGAGGAAUUGUCAAGGCCGGUCGCGGGGUUGGUGGACAGGGAAAGAACCAAGGAGGUCGAAAAGGCGAAGAUGUAUGUGUACAAGUCCCGGUAGGCACUGUCGUUCGAGAAAUCUGGCGCAGCGACCCCGUUGCAGAUGAGGAGGAAAGACUGAAGGAACUUCGUGCCGUGAGCGACCAAGACCCUUAUUCGCUUCCUGAGCACGGUCUGCGAAACAAAUGGAUCCUCUAUGCCGGUGUUACAGGGAGCGAAGCAAACGAGGUCGCCGCAAACCUCCCGCCUCCGCAGAAACCAAGGAAAAGUCAUCUGACUGCCCUUCAACCUGCCGUACCAAUCCAUCUUGAUCUCGAUACGCCGAUGGAUAAGCCCAUUCUUCUCGCCGCAGGUGCUGUAGGAGGGCUGGGUAAUCCGCAUUUUGCAUCCAAAACCAACCCUAAACCAAAGUACGCGACCAAGGGUGAAUUGGGAAUACGACUGAAGCUCGAGCUCGAGCUCAAACUGCUCGCGGACGUGGGUCUCGUCGGACUGCCAAACGCAGGCAAAAGCACCUUUGUCCGUGCCAUCAGCAACUCACGCACUAGAAUUGGAGACUGGGCAUUCACCACGCUCGCACCAACCAUUGGAACCGUGGUGCUGGACAACAACGAAGGGAGACCCUUUGUCCGCUCUGGGGUGGAAGGUGGAGCACCUCGAUUGAAUUUCACCGUCGCUGACAUUCCGGGUCUCGUUGAAGAUGCCCAUCUCGACAAAGGCCUCGGGCUCAGCUUCCUCCGGCACGUCGAGCGCGCACGAAUCCUGGCGUUCGUAAUUGAUCUCAGUGCUGGCGACUCCGUCCUCGCGCUCAGGAACCUCUGGAAAGAAGUGGGUGAGUACGAGAAGCUUCGAAAUCGAGAGAUCAACGAGGCAAGCGAGAGUAGACUCAUCGAGUGGAAGCCCUUCGAAAUACUCUCUCCCUCGACGGCCCAUCAAAGUUCACACAAGUUGUAUGACGAUGCCGGUGACGAGAUCUCCAUCUUCCCUCCACCGCCGACGACGCCACUGGAGCCGCUCAAGCUUCCGCCCAUCAGUGCAAAGCCAUGGUUCGUCAUUGCCACCAAAGCCGACAAAGACGCCGACGUCACGCAGAAAGAAUUCACCAAGCUGGCAGAGUAUGUGAGGCAGAUCGGGGCGGACGAAGUUGAGCAUCCGAGCGGUAGCCAAAAUGGGUGGAGGAACAGGGUCGUCGCCAUCCCCGUUGCGGCUAUUAAUGGCGAGGGCAUUGAUACGGUGGUUAGAUUCACGGCGGGUGUCUUGGACAGUUUACACUUUGGCAAGUAG